AAGCUGGUUGAAAAGCAUACAUAAUAAUGUGAAGAGUGCUAAACAUCCACUAGAUUUCAGCUAUAUUUGGGGAAAAAGUAACCCCACUGGAACCCUAAAGCUUCUGCACUCAUUGUUUAAGCAAUCCCCAGUUUUGGCAACAGACAUUUUUGCAGGUUUUUCAGUUCUAAAGCCUUAGCAGAAAUCAGCUUCUGCAUCACUGUCACAAAAGGUCUUUGGAGACGGAUAUCAUCCGUCUCUGAAUUUGUUGCUUCUUCUUCUCUUUUCUUGUUUGAGAAGAAAAAUGGAGAAAUUGAGGUGGGGUGGUUGUGAUCAGAGGUUGAUCAGGGAUUCAUGGGAUGGGACAACCUUAAGCUUUGAGAAGGAUCGUACGUACGGGUUUUCAUGGCCUCAAAGGAACUACAGGUGCAGCUUUUGUAAGAAGGAGUUCAAGUCUGCACAAGCUCUUGGUGGUCAUAUGAAUGUUCAUAGGAGAGAUAGGGCAAGAAUGAGACUCUCACCUUCAUGGGAUUCUCAAAUUCCCAACCCUAACCCUAACCCUAACCCUAGUUUUUCUUUGUCAUCGUCGACACGGUUGAGGCCUUCCGUUGCUAAGUUUUCACCUUAUAAUAGUAUUUCAUGUCAUUCAUUUCUACCUAAUUACUCACCCCCUUCAGCUUCGCAGCACCAAGAAAAGCCGGUUCCAGCCGUUAUCGAGCGCAGUAUCACCGCCUUUCGUGGAGGAGAAAGGGGAAAGACGACGGCCAAAGGGACAAUGCUCGACGUCACAAGCUUAGCGAGAAGAAGGGAUGCAAGGGUUUGGACAGCAAGUGAGUUUGUUAGGUUAGAUUUGAACUUGGGUUUGCUCCAAGACACUAAGGAUCAGGAUUUGGAUUUGGAGCUUAGACUUGGGUGUAAUUAACUUAGAAUGUUUGUAUCGUAAUGUAAUAUCGUACUGUGUUCAAUAUUUUUUGCUGCAUCGUUAAAUUUCAUGUAUGUAUUUGCUAAGUUUGAAGUCAUGAACUCGGAAGUUUCUUCGUUCCUCCGGCAACAAUGUUUUCUAGGUUUUAAUUCCCAGCACGUCAAAUUAAAAGAAAUUAAGAAACUCGUAGUUCAGGGAUCGCAUUAUCGUCGAUUAUCCUGUUUCUGUACUAUUUUCUUGGUGACGGAUAUAC